AUGGACUUCACUGCGUCCGACCCAUUUGCAGGAUGUGCAUUGGAGAACAGAAGUGGGGUAGAAGAGUUCCUGCUCCUUGGAUUGACUAAUGAAAGGGACAUAGGCAUCACACUUUUUAUAUUCUUUCUGAUGAUCUAUAUGUUAACUCUUUUGGGAAACAUAACCUUAAUUUCUAUCACUAGAAUUGACACCAAUCUAAGAACGCCCAUGUAUUUGUUCCUAGCAAACUUCUCUUUCCUUGAGAUAGGAUACACGACGGUCACUGUACCCAGAAUGCUCGCUGAUCUGUUAUCUGGAAAUAAGUCUAUAUCCUUUAAGAGCUGCCUCACUCAGAUGUAUUUCUUUUUUCUUUUCGGCACUACAGAAUUCUUUAUUUUGGCUCUAAUGGGAUUUGACCGGUACAUGGCCAUCUGCCAUCCACUUCAUUAUACCAACAUCAUGAACAAACGAUUAUGCUACAAGCUGAUUUUUGGAUCUUGGAUAAGUGGAUGCAUGACCCCAACUGUACCCACAAUUGUACUAUCUCAAAAACCAUUUUGUGGCUCAAAAAUUAUCAAUCAUUUCUUCUGUGAUGUUGGACCUAUGGUAAAGCUCUCAUCUCCUGACACACUCUUCUUAGAUAUUUUUGUCUUUAUGAUCUCUGCUGUUAUAGUCCUUGGUUCUUUACUGCUCGUUACUUUCUCCUAUAUCUUCAUCAUAGUGGCUAUUUUACGAAUAUCUUCAUCUUCUGGACGACACAAAACCUUCUCAACGUGUGCUUCACAUUUUUCAGUUGUGACAAUUUUCUUUGGCACUGUGAUUUUUAUGUACAUCCGACCAUCUUCUGGAGAGAAUUUUGAGAUGGACAAAGCUAUAUCUGUUUUUUACUCUGUUGUUACACCGGCCAUGAAUCCUCUCAUUUACAGCCUAAGAAAUAAUGAUGUAAAAAAGUCACUGGCAAAAUCUUUUCAAAGAAUCAGAAACUCACCGAGCGAUAGAAUCAGAAACUCACCGAGCGAUAUGGGAAUGGUAUAUUCCAUCAAGUUCAAGCAUCAUUCUAGACUGCAUUAA